AUGGCUGCCCCCAGAUCCUCCUCUCGACCAGAUCCCGAGACCGCUUCAGAUCCCCGCGUCUCCCGCCAUCCACGCCCCUCCCGACGCUCCUUCGCGCCUCACAGUCCAUCCUUCCCCGCAGCGAGCCCGCUGCGUGGCCCUUCUUACCCGCAACACCUCCUGGACCCUGCCUUCGACGGCGCGGCUCAGGACCUCGACUUGCUUGGCCCAUCGUCGUCCCUGGAUUUUGACUACGACCUGGACCCCACCCAAGCCGACCAAUCGUGCCACCGAUCCCCGAGCCACGGUGAACAAGACAUGAGCUCUCUCGGCUUCAUGAUGCCCUCACAGUACGGCUCUUUCCCUCCUCCGGGACCCAGCUACGAUCCCUAUGGUUACGCGCCGGACCAGACCCAGCAGUCAUCGCCGCAGCACCAGGCCUACACGCAGAGCAGUGGCGCUCCCUCGCCGUACAUGCAGUCGUACCCCUCGGCGGUGCUCAGGAGCAGCCCCGGCGCCGACUACCCGUCCAGACACGGCUCGAUAGCAAGCUCGACAUCCGGAGGGUACGUGCCAGUUUCCAGCGACGGGUCCAUGCCAGGCGCGAGCGCACAGGCGUCGCCGUACCCGCCCAUCCACCCGAACAUCUCUGCGCCCUACGGGGCCAACUACUCGACCCAACCAGCCCAAUACGGAGCCAACGCAGGAUACGGGGUGCCAUACGGACAGACGCCAGCAGCAGCAGCAGCAGCAGCAGCAGCACCGCCCAUGUACGCCGGCGCCGGCGCACAGUACCAAGCACCCUACCCGGCCGGCAGCGCAACGGACCCGUCAGCACAGCUCGGAGCCGACCGAGGGGUGCGCGUGCUCAACUCCAGGCCGAAGCCACAGUGCUGGGAGCACGGAUGCAACGGACGGCAGUUCUCGACCUUCAGCAACCUGCUGCGGCAUCAGCGCGAGAAGUCGGGCACGGCGGCCAAGUCGUACUGCCCGCGGUGCGGCGCCGAGUUCACGCGGACAACGGCACGCAACGGGCACAUGGCGCAUGACAAGUGUAAGCCACGCAAGUCGUCGGACGCAUCAUGA